AUGCCAGUACUUACCACUGAUGCUGAGUCAGAAACAGGUAUCCCAAAAUCCCUUUCCAAUGAGCCUCCCUCAGAAACCAUGGAGGAAAUAGAGCACACAUGCCCACAGCCUCGACUGACCCUGACUGCACCUGCCCCAUUUGCAGAUGAAACCAGCUGCCAAUGCCAAGCACCCCAUGAAAAACUGACCAUUGCUCAGGCCCGCUUAGGAACACCAGUUGACAGGCCUGUCAGAGUUUAUGCCGAUGGAAUAUUUGACCUCUUCCACUCAGGUCAUGCAAGGGCACUUAUGCAAGCAAAAACACUGUUUCCCAACAGCUACUUGUUGGUUGGAGUUUGCAGUGAUGACCUCACCCACAAAUUCAAAGGUUUCACUGUGAUGAACGAAGCAGAGAGAUAUGAAGCCCUCAGACACUGUCGCUAUGUGGACGAAGUCAUUAGAGAUGCUCCAUGGACCCUCACUCCAGAGUUUCUGGAAAAACACAAGAUUGACUUUGUGGCCCAUGAUGACAUUCCCUACUCUUCUGCCGGCUCUGACGAUGUUUACAAGCAUAUCAAAGAAGCCGGAAUGUUUGUUCCAACACAGAGAACGGAAGGCAUCUCAACAUCAGACAUCAUCACCAGAAUUGUCCGUGACUAUGAUGUUUAUGCCCGACGCAACCUCCAGAGAGGGUACACAGCCAAGGAACUAAAUGUCAGCUUUAUAAAUGAGAAGAAGUACCGCUUCCAAAACCAGGUAGACAAGAUGAAGGAAAAGGUCAAGAACGUGGAGGAAAGAUCAAAAGAAUUUGUCAAUAGAGUAGAAGAAAAAAGUCAUGAUCUAAUUCAAAAGUGGGAAGAGAAGUCAAGGGAAUUCAUUGGCAACUUCCUGGAGCUGUUUGGGCCUGACGGUGCAUGGAAGCAGAUGUUCCAGGAGAGGAGUAGCCGGAUGCUGCAGGCCUUGUCCCCGAAGCAGAGCCCAGUGAGCAGCCCCACCAGGAGCCGGUCCCCGUCCCGCUCCCCGUCACCCACCUUCUCGUGGCUCCCAAACAAAACCUCACCCCCCUCCUCACCCAAAGCAGCCUCAGCCUCCAUCAGCAGCAUGAGUGAGGGGGAUGAGGAUGAGAAGUAAAGGCUGCUGGCAGAUGAGAGCCACCCCGCGCGGGCUGGGGCGGGGGCGGGGUCACCGGGCUUGCCUGGGUGGGGUUGGAAGGGUCACAGUCGCAGGGGCAGCGGCUCAGCUAAGGUAAGGCCUGGGGACCAGCUCUCCCCCAGUCUCCACUCAGCCUAACAUGUGGGCUCUGCAUGGAGGUUUCUAGCCGGACAACCUUUACAAACCUUCUUAGCAGCAUCCAGAAUCACUCUACUUUAACCUUGCUAAGGAAAGAUGCAGAGCACCCCCAGGAGACUUGCACCCAGCGGGGUGUCUUCUGCUUUGGUCCUUCCACCCGCCCCCACCAAGUUCACCACCCGUGGAAGUGGCCAUUCCCUCAAUCCGCUACUUGCAGCUCAC